UUAUUGUACAGCUAAAUAUAUGAAACUCUGUUAAUUUUUUUCAGAUGAGUUUAUUAGUACAUUUUAGGAGUACAUAAUGUUUACAUUCUAUUAGGAACUUGGCCAAGAUCCCCAACUCCCUGUAUGAGGGCUAUGGUAAAGGUUAAAUAAGAAACAGGGACAAAUUUAGUAAUGCAUGAUGGGGGUUUGGGAGGUUAGUGUCUCAGGAUGGGCAAAGACCCGUACUUCAUUUUUUUUUUUUUUUCUUUUUUAUUAGUACCGAGGAUCGAACUCACGACUGCCUGCUUGCAAGGCAGGUGCUUAUGCCGCUGAGCUAAAUCCCCAGCCCCUGAGCUAAAUCCCCAGCCCCAAGACCCGUACUUCAAACCAGCCAUUAUUUAUUGGGUGUGUACAGCGUAAAGAUUAGCUGAUACUCUUAAGAUACUAAUAAAUGUGGAAUGACUCAAGAGGGUGGAGAUGAUUUUAAAUUAAGAAGGAUCUUGCUCUGGAGUGUUCCUUUUCAUAUUAGUAGUUUUAGCUUAGUCUUUGUUUAGUCUUAGUGGGUUGGAGAGGAUGGCCUAUCUCAAGAGUUAAUGGGAAGUCUCAAAAGGAUGAUAUCCUAAUCCCAAGCCUCCAUUUAUCCCUUAGGGAAGUAUUCAAAAUUAGGCAUUGUGAAUUCAUGGUCCCCAGUAGCAUUCCUUAUAUAGAGCUGGUACAUGUACACAACACAUUUUAAUUCCUUUUUCCAUUUUGUGCCCCUCCCCUGCUUCCCUCCAUCUCUUUAUCCCCUCCCCCUACUUUGAGAAACCUGUCUCUUCCUAUUGUCUUUUAUUUCCCUCUUUAUACUUUGGUUUCCCAUAUAAGAGAAAUUAUAUGAUAUUUAAGCUUGCAUGUCUGAUUUACUUAAAAUUAUAGUCUGUAGGUAUGUCCAUUUUCCUACACGCAACUGAAGAUUUUUAAAAUAGUAGAAUAGUACUAUGUGGAAAUACCACAUUUUCUUUAUCCAUUCAUGUUUUUUUUUUUUUUUUUUUUUGGUACCAGGGAUCGAACUCACAACCACGCACUUGCAAGGCAGGCACUUAUGCCGCUGAGCUAAAUCACCAACCCUAUCCUAUCCAUUCAUGUGUUAAUGAACACAUAGGCUUGGUUACAAGACUUUAGCUAUUGAGUUGUACUGCUAUAAAUUUAGGUAUGUGUGUAUCCCUGUGGUAAGGUGGCUUUUACUCUUUUUGAGAAGAUACCCAAAAGGGGAAUGGUUGGGUAAAUGGAAUUUCUAGUUUCAGGUUUUUAAGACAUCUCAAUACAUGACACAUGUCAGUGUCAAAAAUUGUUGUAAGUGAACUGUUGGUAGUGUAUCGACAAACUUAUUCCCAAACUAUUUACAAUUUACUCCUGGGUAGUAAAUGUGUUUAACUUGUAUGUUAAGAAUGAAAAAAAAAAAAAAAAAAAAAAAGCCCAGUAUGGUGGCACACACACAUGAUCCCAGCACUCAGGAGACUGAGGGAGGAUUGCCACAAGUUUGAGGCCAGCCUGGGCUAUGUAGUAAGUUCAGGGAGAACCUGUUUUAAAGAAAAAAAAUUACUAGAAUUGUUUAAAGGUGUUUAGAAAAGAGAUUUUAGAACUGGGUCUACAGGUUAUAAGAAGAGAAUGUGCCCCGCAUGCCAGAGGCCCUGGAUUCAAUACCUUGUUCCAAAACAAAAAUGAGAUUUUCAAGAAAUAAAAGGAACAGAAGGUUGUCAGUUUUUCUGUUGUUGAAGAAUUAAAAAAUCUUAACUUUUUCUUGUGCUCAAAUUUUGAGUUGUGCACAUGUGCAUGUGGUGUGUAUGCAGUAUUGUUUUAAAUCAAUAAAAACCUGGAGUGCAUUUGAAGAAUUUAUGUGUAAAGAUUGAGUGAAUAUUGUGUCAUUUUGUUUUGUUUUAGAAUAAUUCUAGCAUAACACACAUGUCCAACUUUAGUAAAGAUAAAACAAAAUGACAUUAGCUAAGGUAUAGCUUUUUCUUCCUCUUCUGUCUUAGAGAUAUAGGGGAAUAAAAUUCCCAACCUACCAUAUUUGCACUACAAGUUUGUGUUCUCUAAAAUCAAAGAAUGAAUUUUAGGAACAAUGGAGGUUAAGAGUAGAAAUAUUUAUUGAGAGAAGAAAAGUUUCUGUCUGAGAGACAGACAGAAAGGGUCCUCAGUGGGUUGCCAAAAAAAUCUGUAUUUUCUAGGGGUUUUUAUAGAGUAAAACCAUGAGGUGAGGCAGGUCUAAAGGUGGGGAAACUAGGAAUUCAUGAAGCAGACAGGCAUGAUGUGGUACAGAGCUGUGGUCAACCAGUAAAUUUUAUUGUUUAGGUAAAAGUGACUAAAUUAGGGACAAAUGGGGAAAGGAGUCAGAGUCACAUAGCAACAGACCAUUCUUAAUCAGUGACUCUUCCUUAUAGGGGGUUGGGAUGGAUGGAGACUCCUGGUUUCUCAAGAUGAUCCAUACCUAAUCCCUAAGGUUUACACUUAAGGGUGUGUUUGCAUUUGUUUUGCUUUCUGUCUUGAGGUCUGGCCCAUAGCAAGAGGCGUAUGUCUCCUCCAAGGUCAUUAGACAUCUGGUCCUGUGUACUGACUUCUUUGAGGGUCUAGCCCUGUCUGGCUGCCUAUAAUAUUUUUAACUAGCUGCCUAUAACACGAAGACUGUACCAUUGUUAAUGCUGAGAAACACUGUCAGAAUAUUAAUUUAAAAUCUCUAUUUUUGUGGUUUACAAUGAAGAUACAUGUUACAUAUGUAAUGGAAAAAUUAUGGAAACUGGAAUAGAAAUACUGUGACAUAACAGUUAAUGCUUUUAUUUGGGACUUAUUCUUUGAUAGGAUUUUCGGCAUGGAAGGGAACCAUCUGAUAGAAUUUUUGGCAUAGCUAAAAGGAUAAGAAGUAUGAAAUAAAAAUGGAAUGGCCUUUGUUUUAAGAAUGUGGAGAGAGACUCCAUGAUCCUCUGGGAUCUGGAAUUCUCUCUGCUAGAGUCGUGGUGUGGGGGCAUACAUGUAGCUUAGGUUUGGGGUGGUGCCUAAGGGACAUUAGUGAUGCACAGGUAGCCCAUUGGUAUUCAUUUCAUACCACAGGUAAAUUGCUUAGGGGCAGGGAAAGGUGGCCUCAGGAUAGAGUCCCUUGGUUUCACCUCCAAGGCUUCACCCGCUACAGUGUCCCAUUUGGGGCAAAAUCCUUUCACUAUCUCCUUCCUUAAAUGUAGGUGAAAUUUUAUUUAAUUCUCUUUGAUUCAGACGAUAUAAAAAUAUCUUAAAAGAAACACAAAAAAUCAAAUUCCUUAUAGAAAUCUUUCUCUUUUCCAUAUUUUUAUAGUAGCUAUUACUUUUUCAAAAGUCCUGUGGCACCCCCAGAAAAAAUGUGUUGAAAUGGUUCAACACAAUGUCAAAGAUCUGUUUGAAGUUAAUAAUUGAUAAAGUUCAAAUAAGAUAGGUUUCCUCCCCUCUGUGUCUUAAAUGUUUGUUUCUUUUUUGCUUUAAAAACAAAGGCAUUGGUAGAGAUGAACUUAAGGAGAUUGUUAGAGACGGAUAGUAAGUCUUUAAGAUCUGUAAAUGGCUCUAGAAGAAACAGUGGCUCUUCUCUUGUAUCAAGUUCAUCAGCUUCCAGCAAUCUCAGCCAUCUUGAAGAAGAUUCUUGGAUUCUUUGGGGAAGAAUUGUUAAUGAAUGGGAAGAUGUACGCAAAAAGAAGGAAAAGCAAGUUAAGGAACUUGUUCGUAAAGGGAUACCCCACCACUUUAGAGCAAUAGUUUGGCAACUUUUAUGCAGUGCACAAAGUAUGCCAAUUAAGGAUCAGUAUUCAGAACUCCUAAAAAUGACCUCACCUUGUGAAAAACUGAUCAGAAGAGACAUUGCUAGAACUUAUCCUGAACACAAUUUUUUUAAAGAAAAAGAUAGCCUUGGACAGGAGGUUUUAUUUAAUGUAAUGAAGGCGUAUUCUUUAGUGGAUCGUGAGGUUGGUUACUGUCAAGGAAGUGCUUUUAUAGUUGGAUUAUUGCUUAUGCAGAUGCCAGAAGAAGAAGCUUUCUGUGUAUUUGUUAAAUUAAUGCAAGACUAUAGACUUCGUGAACUUUUUAAACCAAGUAUGGCGGAAUUGGGCCUUUGUAUGUACCAGUUUGAAUGCAUGAUACAGGAACAUCUUCCUGAGCUCUUUGUACAUUUUCAGUCUCAGAGUUUUCAUACCUCAAUGUAUGCAUCAUCCUGGUUUUUGACUAUCUUUCUUACAACAUUUCCACUACCAAUUGCAACAAGGAUAUUUGAUAUCUUUAUGUCUGAGGGUUUAGAAAUAGUGUUUCGAGUAGGAUUAGCACUUCUUCAAAUGAAUCAGACAGAAUUAAUGCAACUUGACAUGGAAGGGAUGUUACAGCACUUUCAGAAGGUCAUUCCACACCAGUUUGAUGGUGGUCCAGACAAAUUAAUCCUAGCAGCUUACCAAGUCAAAUACAACUCAAAAAAAAUGAAAAAGCUCGAAAAAGAAUAUACUACAAUAAAAACUAAAGAAAUGGAAGAGCAAGUUGAAAUUAAAAGAUUACGCACAGAAAAUAGACUUUUAAAACAACGCAUUGAAACAUUAGAAAAAGAAAGUGCUUCCUUGGCAGAUAGAUUGAUACAGGGACAAGUGACAAGAGCCCAGGAGGCUGAGGAAAACUACCUCAUAAAACGGGAAUUGGCCACCAUCAAACAACAGAGUGAUGAGGCCAGUGCUAAGCUGGAGCAAGCUGAAAAUACCAUCAGGAAGCUCCAGCACCAACAACAAUGGCAUAAAUGCAGUUCCAACUACAAUGAAGAUUUUGUGCUACAACUAGAGAAGGAAUUGGUUCAGGCCAGACUGAGUGAAGCUGAGUCUCAGUGUGCACUAAAGGAGAUGCAAGAUAAAGUUCUGGAUAUAGAGAAGAGGAACAACUCUUUUCCUGAUGAGAAUAAUGUUGCAAGACUUCAGGAAGAACUCAUUGCCGUGAAACUGAGAGAAGCUGAGGCUAUUACGGGUUUGAAAGAACUUAAACAGCAAGUCAAGGAUCUGGAAGAACACUGGCAGCGCCAUUUAUCUCGUACUACUGGGAGAUGGAAAGACCCUCCUAAGAAAAAUGCUGUGAAUGAGUUACAAGAUGAACUUAUGAGCAUUCGACUUAGAGAAGCUGAAACACAGGCAGAAAUUAGAGAAAUAAAACAAAGGAUGAUGGAAAUGGAAACACAGAACCAAAUUAAUAGUAAUCAUCUUCGAAGAGCAGAACAGGAGGUGAUCAAUCUACAGGAAAAGGUGCACUAUCUUUCUGCCCAGAACAAAGGACUACUUACUCAAUUAAGUGAAGCAAAGCGCAAACAAGCAGAGAUUGAAUGCAAGAACAAGGAAGAAGUAAUGGCUGUGCGACUCCGAGAAGCAGACAGCAUAGCUGCUGUGGCUGAACUACAGCAACAUAUUGCUGAGCUUGAAAUCCAGAAAGAAGAAGGAAAACUUCAAGGACAGCUUAGCAAGUCUGAUUCUAACCAGUACAUUAGGGAACUGAAAGAUCAGAUAGCAGAGCUGAAUCAUGAGCUCAGAUGCCUAAAAAGCCAGAGGGGCUUCUCAGGCCAACCUCCUUUUGAUGGAAUCCACAUUGUCAACCAUUUAAUAGGAGAUGAUGAAUCAUUGCACUCCUCCGAUGAAGAGUUUAUAGAUAAUUCUUUACAGGAAAGUGGCAUUGGUUUUCCUUUGCACAGAAGUUCUGUUCCAGUGUCUUUGAAUCCCCAUGUGGCAGAUGGUAGUGAAAGCGAAACAGAAGACAGUGUGCUACAGACCAGAGAGAGGGAUCAAGCGGUUUCAAAGGAACGGGCCCCACGGAGAGAGUCGUAUUCAACCACUGUCUGACCAUCACUGUGACCUAGACUGGAUUUCUUAAAGGGAUCAGAUGCCAUAUGAUUAGGGGUUUUUGGAACAUACCUGUUUCAUAUGUACAUAUAUUAUGUUUUGCAAUCUAAUCUACCUUUUAUCUUUGCCAAAUCUUCACCACUGAUUUUCCAUUGCCAGAAAGUAGACUGGAAUAUGGUUAAUGGGUAAAAUAAGAUUUUAACAGUAUUACUGAAUAUUAAUGUUUCUUGUUUAUAAACUACAACUAUAACCAAACGAGAGCCAUUUUGAAGUUCAAAAACUAUGGAAAAUUUAAUUUUCUCCAGACAAACUGCUCUUGUGCAAUAUUUUAUGCUCUGUGAACAAAUUGUGUAUUUAUGUCUGUCAGUUGUUUCUCAAGGUGGCAAUCUACAGAUGUAUGACCAAGAUAGAUACUUGAUUUUCUUGGUUUGGUGUGUAUGUGUUGUGUGCACAUGCACGCACGUGUGCAAAUGUGUCUGUGGAAUAUUUUUUCACUAAAAUUACCAUUUUAUUAGUGGUCCACUCAUGGUUCUCAAACACAAAGCUUUUUUUCUGUAUAAUUUUAUAAAUACAAUUUAACUUAUCUGUUUUGGGAGUUUUUUGUUUUAAUUUUUAAUUUUAUAUGUGCCUAAUGCUUCCAUGUGUUGGUGACCUGUCAGAAUAAUAGGUUAACUGCAAAUAUUUGUACAUAUUUAUAUAUCUAUACCACCCAACAUUGAACGUCAUUUUAUAUGAGGAACAUAUAUUUGCAAAAUGAUUGCUUGCAACAUUUUAGCAGGAUGUCUGUAAAUAAUAGGUUAAAAAAAACACUUUAAAAUAAGACACUAAUAUUUUAAUAGCUUUAAUAUUUUGCUUAGCAUUCAACACUACCAGAUUCAAAACUUGUUGAAAAGCACUAUUGAGAAUAUCUUCAUGUAUAUGCCGCUAAUAAGUUUUUCAUGAUUAAAAAGGUUAUAGCACAUUAAUUAGUGCUAAUGUUCUACUUACUAUAAUUUAAACAGUGGGCUAAGAUCAAAGAUACAUAGCAUUUAUAUCUGCAAAUCUAUGAACAUUAUCUUCAGAUGGUCUAGUUUCUAUCAAUAGAUAAAGCCAUAAGAAUCCUUUUAAAUUCUUUUGUAUCAUUUAGACUUUUUUGAGAAAAACUAAAUGCCUGUUAUUGUAAAUUGGUGGGAACAACUACUUAUGCUUAGUCUAUGAAAAGACAAAAGGAAUGUAUUGACUGAAUACUUUUCAUUCUCAUUUUCAUUAGCAGCCUGUGGAAAGGACAGCCAUUGACAAUAGAAAAAAGCAGAAUUUGGUUUGUAUGAAAGUGUAUCUUUGUAGAGUAUUACAUAUGUGACAGCAUAAAUGAAAUAAUUAUGAUAGAAUGGAGAAGAGACAAGUAGUUUUCUAUCUAAAACCAGAAGUUAAGCCUUAUGCUGCAGUGUCGAUUGUUUUUCCAGGAAAGCUUUUGUAGCUUUGUCUGACUGAUAAAUGAGAUGGAAAACAUGCCUUCUAUGUUUAAAUUCUAGUGGUUAAAUUCUACUGGUUAAUGGUGACAAGGUAAUAAUUAGAGCCAAGAUUCAAAUCCAGAUCUUCUUGACACCAGAACUUUUUAAAAGAUCCAGCUAAUGAAUUUCUCAAUUCCCUGUUCUUCUGACAAUAUGACUUAAAUAAAUUUGAUUUAAAUAUAUUUCCUGAAUAUCUGCACUCAUAUGCUCCACAUAACUUAUGAAUAUAGAUUCUCCUCCUAGAAUUAAUACACUAUCUGGAACCAUAGUGCUUUGGGGAUUCUCUUUUGAAGUUCUUUACUAUCAGCUUAAAAGGCUUUCAAAUGCCCAAGUGAAAUAAGAUGACUCACAGCCCUGUUAGUGUCUUAAACCCUACACCAGGAAACCUGAAUGGCUCUAGAGAUGUGGUAGAGCAUUUGUCCAUCAUGUACAAGACCCCGAGUUUGAUCCUUAGUACUACAAUAAAUAAAUAAUAAAGCUCUGAGUAAGUGAUUUACACAGGAAUCUGCUGCCCAAGGUUAAUUCCAGUCAACUGCAUGCUUUUUACAUUUUUAAACAGUUUAGAAAACACUCAAAAGAAUAAUAUUUUGUGACAUAAAAAUUAUAUAAAAUUCAAAUUUCAGUGUCCUUAAAGUUUUAUUGAAACACACGCUUAUCUGUUUACCAUAUGUUGUGGUUGAUUUUAUACUAUAAUGGCAGAGUGGAAUAGUUGCAAUGGAGACCAUAUGGCCCACAUAGCAUAAAUAUUUACUCUCUGGCCCUAGACAGAAAAGAUUUGAUAACCCUUGCUCUAGAUACUCCAAAAGUUUAAUUUUAUUAGUUUAGUUGAGCUUAAUAGAAAGCUGAAAAUUGCUUACUGUUGCACUAAUGAUUUGAAAUCUUAAAAUUUCCUCAUGGAUCAUAUACUGCAGAACAGUUCCAAUGGAAAGUAUCCUAACUGUUUUAUAUGAAACUUCUUUGUUUUGUUGUGUUGGAGAUUGUACCCAGAGUCUCAUGCAUACUAGGAAGGCACUCUGUCUUUGACCUACAUCCCCAGCCCAGCUAUUUUAUAUGCUAAAACCUUUAAUUUUAUUUUUAAAAAAUCUUGGAAGGCUAUCUAUAUUUUUGGAGAAUCAAAAAAGGAAUGGAUUCCAAAAUCCUGACCCUGUUCUUUAAAAGAUGAAUCACUGCUCUUGAUCUUUAGGAUGUGCUUCAUUGAGUAAAUAUUAAUUUAACUUUUUCUUAGUGUUUAAUUUUUCUUUUUGGAGUUCUGUAUUGUUGCUACCCUUUUUUCUAUUUUGCUUUUUUUUCUCUUUAAAUAAAUUUUUUUAAAAAGGAACAUAUUUCUAGAAUCACAUUUGAAUUCUGAAUUUUGAAAGAUAUUCCUAGAGAAUUUCCUAAGUACUCUUUCUAGUUAAGAAGUGAAUAUUAAAAUAAUCAUGGUAAGUAAACCUUAGUUUGUUGAUAUUUCUACAGUUGGACAAUGAAAAACUAGAAACAACAUUUCUCAUUCAGGUUUAUUCUUUUAAAAUAGACACAGUAAUGUGUACAUUUAUCUCAGUUGUUGGGAGGCUGAGGUAAGGUCAUUUGAGUCCCAGGAUUCAAGACUAUCCUGGGCAACAUGGUGAGACCACAUUUCAAAAUGUGUUUUAGAAGAAUUUUACAAUUUCCUGGCCUUUAGGAUAUGAAAGAAUAAUAUGCCCUGAUUUGACUCCAUUUCAUUCAAGUUAUUGUAAGUUUUUCAAGAUUUUGAGGGCAUUAGAACCUAAUAUAUUUUAAUCUCGGAUUUUUUUUUUUUGUUUCAUUUAAAUGUCAUUCACUUAAAUGCUUAGCAUUGAAAAGUAUUAUGGAAGAAAAGUGAGUAAAAUGACUCACAAUAGAAAAACUUGUUCCCUUGGGAUAGUUUACAUUUCUGGUGUCAUUGCCACCCUAGAAUGACACUAAGAAUAGAGACUAAGUAAAUUGAAUUAAGUGGACAUUGCAUUGAAGCAAUGAAACAGUAUUCAAGAAGAUACUUCAAAAGACUUUUUGAAAACUAAUGACAGGAGCUGGGGAUGCAGGUCAGCAGCAGAGUGCCUGCCCUGCAAGCACGAGGUCGUGAGUUCAAUGUGUAGUAUCAAAAACAAAAAAAAAAACUAAUGGUACCUUUUUUCCCUUGGGACAAGGGUCAAAGGUACAACUUUACACAAUUUCUGUUUUUGUCAUUGACGGUAGUUUGUUGGUUAAUUGGUUGGUUUCAUUUGUUAGAUAGUAGCUACUCAUUCUUUACUAAGACUCAAGUUCCAAUUAACUGGCCGUUACUUGUCCUCCACUCUGAACAUGGUACAGCUUACUACUCUCCAGAUAGUGCCUUUUAUUGAAAAUAAGGUCUAGACAUUUUAGAGUAUAUUAUUUCUGACAUCAUAAAUCAUUUGGUCCCUAAUUUGUCAUUUACAUAAUAUACUAAUAUUCAAAUUUGAAGUAAAAUAAGUAUAUGAAUUCUUUCAGUAAGGUUCUUUCAUGAUGAGCUUGACUAUUGUAUCAUGUCAGAUAUCGACAGCUAACAUUUUGUGAAAUCAGUGAUAUGUUAAAACGAGUUUUAGCUUGAAAGUUUUGCUGCUUUACAUUAACAAAAUGUUUUAAAAAUAAUUCAUUUUCAUUUAAUUCUACUGAAAUUGUAGAAAUUAAAAUUUCUAGAUAAAAUAGGGAAUGCUAUUUAUAAUCCAAUUUUUAUAUCACAUCCAUUGAUCUACACAUUCCUUUUCACUUCAAAGAAGAUGCUAGAAUAAUAUAUUCAGUAUCCUGCAGAGAUGCAAAGUUAUAAUGUAUUUCAUUUUACUGUUGGCAUUUUUUAUUAUAACAUUGUAUGAUAACCUCAAAUGUUUACUUGUGCCUUUGCUUCAAACAAUUAAAGUUUUCCAUUUUAUAAGAA